UGGAUUUUAGGUUUGGCAACACUGACACGUUCUUUUUCUCCAUAAUUUUGUUGGGGACACGUGCGUGAUUUACGCCGAAAUCUCUAAAAUAGGCCAAAAUGAGUGAAGGAACCGCGACAAUUCGCACUCGCAAAUUCAUGACCAACAGGUUGUUGGCGCGAAAGCAGAUGGUCUGCGAUGUUCUGCAUCCAGGCAAACCCACCGUCAGCAAGACGGAGAUCCGGGAGAAGCUGGCUAAGAUGUACAAAGUGACACCCGAUGUCGUGUUCGUAUUCGGAUUCAAGACAAACUUCGGCGGUGGCAAAUCGACCGGAUUCGCUUUGAUCUACGACACCUUGGACCUUGCCAAGAAGUUCGAGCCCAAGCACAGGCUGGCGAGACACGGUCUGUACGAGAAGAAGCGACCAACCCGCAAGCAGCGCAAGGAACGCAAGAACAGGAUGAAGAAGGUGCGUGGUACCAAGAAAUCCAAAGUAGGCGCGGCCUCCAAGAAGUGAUGUGACGGUUAGGACUGUAAGUAAAUAAAAACUCAAAAAACCUA